AGCUGAAAAGAAAAUUGAAUUGAGAUUUCCCUGGGGUCCUCUCCGAGGCAUCCAGUAGGCGCCUAAUGAAUGGCUAAGUCAUUAUCGGGUUUCUAAAUAAGGAUACUAAUGGCCGAGUCUGGCCACGAUCCAGAUGUCCCGGAGAGGCCAGGCCAAGGGGCUGGCACCGGGCACACUAUAAAUAAGCAGCUGGGGACGAAGGGGAAUCGUAGAGCCCCGGACGGCGGCAGAGGAACAGGAUGGAGAUCCCGGUGCCUGUGCAGCCGUCUUGGCUGCGUCGUGCUUCGGCUCCAUUGCCGGGAUUUUCUACUCCGGGACGUCUCUUUGAUCAGCGUUUCGGCGAAGGGCUGUUGGAGGCAGAGCUGGCUGCGCUCUGCCCUGCCGCGAUCGCCCCCUAUUACCUGCGUGCCCCCAGUGUGGCACUGCCCACUGCCCAGGUGUCCACGGAUCCCGGCCAUUUCUCGGUACUGUUGGACGUGAAGCAUUUCUCCCCAGAGGAAAUCGCUGUCAAGGUGGUUGGUGAUCACGUCGAGGUGCACGCGCGCCACGAGGAGCGCCCGGAUGAGCAUGGGUUCAUUGCCCGCGAGUUCCACCGUCGCUACCGCCUGCCUCCCGGUGUGGACCCCGCGGCCGUGACCUCGGCGCUGUCCCCCGAGGGCGUCCUGUCCAUCCAGGCCGCACCAGCUCCGGCCCAGGCCCCACUGCCAUCACCGACUGCAGCCAAGUAGGAGAUGCGGAGCAUCUGAAUCCUGAGAGCCACUUGGGCUCUUUUGAAAAAAGCCUAUCUGACUCCGCCUAGCCAGACCCCCGACGGCGCCAAGACAGCCCCUCUGACCCAACCCAAAUUCUGCCUUGUACUGGGCCUUGACGGCCUAGCCUGGCCAGCCUCAGACCGCCCCCUCAACCCAGCACCCCACCCCACUUUCUUGGCUUAUAUCCCUCUAGGGCUCCCUCCUGCAUUCCUGAUUCCAAUGAAAUAUCUGCCCUCCCCCCAACAGAUGAUAAGAGUGUAAACACCCCCCCAUUCCCUUCUAGUCAGGCAAAAACUCCCUCACCCCUCCACAUGCCCCAGACUGCAAGGGAUCUCCCACUGCAGACAGACCAGGCCUUGUCCCCAAGACUCUAGAUCCUGCCCUCAAAGACACUCCCCUACCCCAAGCCUAUUUUCUUACCUGAAACCCCAGCCACUCACCCACAUUCUUGAAUUCCUAUUAGACCCCUUCUACAGACUCCCAAUCCUUAGGAAAACUAAACAGGCCAAACAGGACCCCAACUUCAAACUGUAGAUUUCUCAGACUAGGUGCGUGUGCUACGUUCCCCUCCCAACUCACUAGCAGUCUUGUCCAGAAUUCCAGACCCUCCAGCCUGAUAGAUAUUCUAGACAACGCCCUCCAACUCCACAUACUCCAAGAGCCAACUAAGCAGCCAGCUUUCAUUCCCACAGCCUGGCUUCCUGUCACUAAUAAAGAUGUUAG